AAGAGGCUUCAGGCUCUACAGAAGGGCCUGAACCAGCCCUCGCCUGGGGCAAAUCUGGGUGUCCAGGCUCAGAGACGGGCCUAAGGAGGGAAGGGGGGAGGAGCGGCUGUGGCCCCGAGAUAACAAAGGCUGGGCCAGGCCCUGGGGGACAUAACUGGUCUGGGAGACCUGAGAGACCUGAGAGACCUGGGGUCAAAGGGUUUCAAGUCCAGCCCUGCUUAGGGCCGCUCUCUGGUUUAUCAACCCCCAGCACGAGCACACACACACCCUGGGGGGCUAGGGGAAUUGAGGACUUCGGAGGCUGGAGAAGCUGGCAAACCCGAGCAGAGAGGGCGGAGCCAGGGGAGGAGCAAGCAGGUAAGUUCCUUUCUCCCAGGAGCUGCCUGCCGCUCAGGAAGGUCUCUGCGUAGCCAGACCAUGAUGGGGACGUGUCCUCACUGACGGACAGCUGUGGACACCAAGACUCCAGCGUCUCCCCGUGUGCCUGCGCCCUGCCUUCGAAGUUGGCUUUGGACACCCGCUACCAUCUUCCCAUCGCGGAUUCUGGGAUCCCGGCCCUCUGGGCCCAACAUCUGGAUCUUGCUUCUCAACUAGUCCUAGGUCCCUUUCUUUGGGUUUUGGCGUCUCCCCAGGGGCCCUUGUCCUGGGCCAUGGCCCAGAGGGCAGGCCUGGGGCCUAGGCGGCUGGAGGCUGUGGCCAUACUGCUUUUGCUUGGAGCAUUCCGGUCCGGGCUGGGAGCUGAGGGGGCCGAGGCAGAAGCCUUAUGCGGUGUGGCCUCCCAAGCCCGCGUCACCGGUGGCAGCAGUGCAGUCCCUGGCCAGUGGCCCUGGCAGGUCAGCAUCGUCUAUGAUGGCACCCACGUGUGUGGCGGUUCUCUCGUGUCUAAGAAGUGGGUACUGUCAGCUGCUCACUGCUUCCCCAGGGAGCACCACAAGGAUAUGUACGAGGUGAGGCUGGGGGCCCACCAGCUGGACUCCUUCGUCCCCAAGGCAGAGGCUCGCAGCGUGGCACAGGUCCUUGUCCACAUCAGCUACCAACAGGAGGGCUCCCAGGGCGAUAUUGCGCUCCUGCAGCUCAGCAACCCCGUCACCUUCUCCCGAUACAUCCGGCCCAUCUGCCUACCCGCGGCCAAUGCCUCCUUCCCCAACGGCCUCCAGUGCACUGUCACUGGAUGGGGCCACGUGGCCCCCUCAGUGAGCCUCCAGGCGCCCAGGCCACUACAGCAACUCGAGGUGCCACUCAUCAGUCGGGAGACGUGUAACUGCCUGUACAAUAUCGAUGCCAAGCCCAGUGAGCCCCACUCCAUCCAGCAGGACAUGGUGUGUGCCGGCUAUGUGAAGGGGGGCAAGGAUGCCUGCCAGGGUGACUCUGGGGGACCACUGUCCUGCCCUGUUGGGGGCCUCUGGUACCUGGCAGGCAUUGUGAGCUGGGGUGAUGCCUGUGGGGCACCCAACAGGCCUGGCGUGUACACUCUGACUUCCAGCUAUGCCUCCUGGAUUCACUACCACGUGGCAGAGCUCGAGCCCCGUGUGGUGCCCCAGACCCAGGAGUCCCAGCCUGAUAUCCACCUCUGCCGCAGCCAUCUGGCCCUAAGCUCUGCCCCAGCCCGGGGACUGCUGGGGCCCAUCCUUCUGCUGCCACUGGCCCUAACCCUGGGCCUCCUCCACGCAUGGAGGGGGCUCUGAGCUGCUCUCUGUGAGCUGACCCUGCCGUAGGGACUGCCAUGCCACAGCCAAGGAUAGACGCCUGCCUGUCCCCAGGAAUGGACCUGGCUCCUCCGUGACACUCUGGGCCUGGGGCCUGGCUCGAGUCACUCCUUCCUCCCAGGACCCCGUGGAGUCCAGGGCCCCAACCUGGACCCCUGAGCCCACUCUCCGGGGUUUGUGCUUUGGGACUACAGCCCAGUCAGGUUUUACUGCCUGUGGUACUGGCAGCAAGCUCUGGCCACCUGCUAUCCACAGCCCAUUGGCUGCGCUCCUGUGGAGCCCCCCCAAGACCCUUAGCUAUGGAAUGGGCCCUGGCUCCUAUGUCUUGACUGGGCAGCUGCCCAGCUGACUGCUGCCGGGGCUGGCUCCAUGCCCCACUCUGCCUGAAGAGCCCCAUCACUCCACACUCCUCAUCUUCUGGGCUCGGGUCGACUCUGGGCUGCAUGUUUGCGAGGACAGAAAAGGCCCCCAUCUUGCCGCAUCGGCUGCCAGGCCCCCCUUGAGCCCAGACUCCUGGACUCCGGAGGACUGAGCCCCCACCGGGACGGGGCGUGGGCUUGGAUCUGGGGUGAGGGGUGCACGGAGCACGAAGGAGUAAAAUGUUCUAAGCAGAACUGGCUG